AUGUCGUCUCAACUCGCUUCGCAGCUACAGAAGUUGCAGCAUCGACCAGUGGACGACAAACGUCUAUCCGGGUCGUUCUUAUUCAGCGAUGGUGAUUCACGUAACUUUUCGCGUGAACAGAUACAUCAGCUUGCUGUCCACGGUCUUCAAACACUGAUUGCGGUUGACAAUCGCUUCCACUUCUUUGUUAACCGACUCUUUGACCCACAUGGUACUCGUGCAGAGCGGAAGCAACUUAGAAGGGACGCCAACCAGGAACUGAACGAGGCGGUGGAACAGUUCCUUACGCUGCUUAGUCCCCACAUUUUUCUUACUGCAGCGCAUCAAGUUUUCGAAUAUCUCGUACGUGUGCAUGAGGUGCACGUUUACAACGUUUCAGCGGUGCUACGUGCCUUCUUGCCAUACCAUGAUCACAGUUUGUUUUCUCGUGUGCUGCUGCUGCUGGAUUUGCGAGAUACUGGUCUUGAGUUCCUUGCAGCAAAUCAGGAGACCGGAUCCCCACUGCUUCGGGAACACUUGGUGCAGGCGUGCGCUGUGAGUAGAAAAGUAUUGCAACUCGUGUGUCUUACCGUUGCGAUAUCGGUGCGAAUGCGCGUUCACAACAGCGCUGCACACGCGCUUUUCGCCGGUGUGGCGGUUCAGUUGGCUUCCUACCCCAACGCCGAGGCAACAUGGCGCGUACUUUUACCAUUUGUUGUGGAAUUCAUAACCGUUGGGAGAUCAACAGAGAAACUGUCUAAUUCUGAGUUGCAGGAGGUAAAUGAAGGUGACGAGAGUCCAUGGAUUGGUGAGGACUUAGAUGGCAGCGGGGUGUCGAGAUUUUCACCCAGUCGGGAGGCUGCGUGCAGCGCGCUCGUGGCGCUGGUGGCGUGGAGUAAUGAGGUGAAGUUGUCAUCCGCAACCCUGAGAGCCGUUGUGAAACCAAUUUACCAUCUGUUGACUACAGGUGUGGAUGGUUCCGCCUCUUUCACCGUUUCAGUGGUUGAUCUGUUAGCGGUUCUUGAUGUACUCUUCCAUACUCAGCGCGAGGCUGUGUUGGACGUCACGUUUUCGCCCCAACUUAAGUUCAUGCUCUCGUUUCCGUGGGGACAUUGGGUCCGGUUUAUCGACUCUUCUGAGGCGCGGAUAUGCGACACCCUUGUUUCCGUGCUGUUGCGUGACUGUCUCUACCGGCUUAAAUCGACCCAUUCACUGCAGUCAGUUUCGUCUGACGUCCUGGUGUUUGUGCAGUGUGCUGUGGAGUUUUUACCUCUCAACGAUGCACUUGUGGCAGAGACGAUAGCGACGUUAGUGUCGUGCAACGUUGAGGAGACGGCGACAAUGGCGAACCACCAAAACGGAGAGAACGAAGAGGAGGUCCACUUGGGCGUGAAGCAGUUACAAAGCGGCCGAGGGGGUAGUAAACAUGGGCAGAGUUCGACCGGGAGGAAGUGUGUGACCAUGUGGAUACAAGCUCUCGAGAGGCGCUUCUGCCACGUUUUUGAUACUACGCUGUCGCAGUUGCUCAAUGAUGUCACUACCCAGAAUGCUGCCGCAAGGUUUCUUGCGCGGCACCUCAGUGGUGCGCGGUACGAACUGCUGGAAGUCCGUGGAUCGUCUGGGUCAACGGAACAACUGCCGUUGUUCGCUUGUCUACUGCAUCCGGUUGCAGAGGUGCGACGAUUUGCGGCGGAGCGCAUGAGGGAGAUGUCUAUCGGACAGUUAACCACGUCAUCCUUAUCGACACUGGACGGUAGCCGAGGUAAUGAAAGGGGAAACACUCUUCUGGACCUUCUUGGCCACGUAGCGCAGUACGAGCAGUCACCAGAAGUUGCCAUGAUGUUUCUGGAAGUCGCCGGUGCUGCGUCCAACAAACUUAUACGCGUGAUCCUGUCAAGUGGAGCGGGGGCCGGGGAAACGCCUUCAAGGUCUUUUUCAGAUGAAACACAGGGUUCCGGCAACCCUGUGGACGACGCGAUCGGCAUUUUGCGGAGGUUGUUUCGUUGCUUCUGGACGAUGACUGUCACUCAAGGCUGUGUUGCGAUACAGGAGAGGUUCUACCAGUUGAUCCUCCUUCCACUCAUGCAACAGGUUGAUGAGCAACGGGGGGUAUUUCUGGGUGGGUCGAAGAAGAAGCUGAAAGUUCCCGAGAUGGGAGAUGCCUGUCGUAUCGGAUGGGGUCUGCUGCUUUACUAUGCGACAUUGUUGUACGUACAUGCUAUUGAUCUGCUUGUGCGGGAAAGGAGUGUCAAUGGAGGGUCCGCCAAGGAGCGUUUGUGUGCCGGGGAAAGUACAGAUGCCGAGUUGACUAAGUUGGUGAUGAAAUUAGAGAAGCAUUUGGUGGAAACCGUUCCGGGCAUUGGUCGGACGGCAACUCUCUUUACCCCUGCGUUGUACCCGGGAUGUGAUCCACUGUAUGAAUUUGCCGAUUGUGAUGCCAGCACUGAAGGCGGAAAGAGCGCCGCGGCCUUCAUGGGUGGUGUGACCAGUCUCUUAGACGAUGAACAAGGGGAGGAGGGGUUCUGCCUUUCUGUGUUUGAAUGCACCCCAUUACUGUUGGCGCUCUACCAUGAGGCUUCUGUGCAGGUUCGUCCGACCCUCGAGCGGCUGCUGUGUCUGCGUGAGGCUAACGAAGAUGACCGUCCUUCCGCGAGGGCAAUUAUGCUCGAGUGUUGCGUGGGCUGCGCGGCGCUAUUAUCAACAGCUUAUGAUUCUGAGCUGGCCGACGUCACACACAUGCUGUUCCAGUUCUUUGUGAGUGGUAGGAACGGCGGCGUCCGUACCAGUAAGUAUUCUAUUGGGAUGAGAGGCGGCUACUUGAUGAAUUUACAGGGAUCACAAAGAGCGGCAGCGGGCGGGAUGAGAGGACGUGUUGGACGAGGAGCUGCAAACGACGGGUCGUCGCCAUUUUUGCCGAAAAAUCUGUUUACCAGGAUAAUGGGUGCCACUAUUCGCAUCAGCAUGGAAACGCGUUUGGCUAGAAACUCUGAGGUCGGUAGUUGCGUUGAGGGCGAGAAGAUGGCGUUCAAUUCAACCAAUACGCUGGCGUACAUGGGGCGUUUGCUGGGUUAUUUGGAUGCCCCCCUCCCGGCUGCGGCAGUCAGUCCCAUGUGGCUUCCACCCGCUUACCUGCAUAUGCUGGAGUUGUGUAACACCGCUAGCGACGUUGCGGGCGAUGACUGGAAUGUACAGCUACCCGUGGACUGGUUCCGUCUCGUCUACCGCUCCGUGUUCGAGUCCCCUGUCACUCUGAAAUCGAACUGUGGAAGUUACUUCUCUCUGUCAGGGUUAUUUGUGGCUGUGACCUCACCCCUAGCCGCGCCGGCUGGUCGCCGGGAGGAUGUAUUGACAACGUUGCAGGGGCUCAUACUUUCUGCUGCGGACGAUGUUAAGAGGAGUACCAGAGACGCAAAGAAGAGACUAACGAUAACUAACAUGAGCAGCGCACAGCUAUUUUUGGAGGCUGCGUUGCGUCAGGGAUCCAUUUCCAUCACAACACUGAAUGCCCUCGUUGAGGCAAUAGCUCUGGAGGAUUCUCACGCACACCUGACGCACACCGCCUCCGAGCUUCUGUGCCGCAUGAUAGUUGACGGAGUUGGAAACGGUGGAAAUGAAGAAACAACAGCGCCCUUUUCCUUUCUGAACCUUGUGGUGGAGCACUUCUAUCCACUGCGCGCCCGGAAAAGUGGCAUCGUGGUUAACGCUCUCCUGCCGCUUUUAAUAUCACUUCUAGAAGCGGGCGGCGACGGUGGAGAGGGGACGGUGAGCCCAGAAGCAGCAAACUUUGUGCAAGCCAUCUGCAAUCGCGCACAGAUUUGCGCAGAAAUGGCAACCAUCAGCAACGAAGAAAAGAAUGCCUUACUGCAGCUGAACCUUGCCCUUGUUCGCCACCCGUUUCUUCGAGUCAGUGGUCGCCGUACCCGCUUAGUGUAUCGCCACGCCCUCAGUACCUUUGCUUCGGUGUUGAGUCGGGGGUGUGAUGUAUCUUCUGCAAACCCACUUGUCUUUGUACCAAAGCCAACGCGAAAUACUUCACAGGGCACGAAUAAUUUAUUGGAAAAAAGCGACGACGAGGAUUACGCCAAAAGGGUGGCUAGUGUGGUUUCGGAGGUGGUACUGGACGACGCUGUUUGCCUAAGUCGGAUGGGUGCUGAUGCACUUUCACUGUUGGUCGGUACUGUUGGCGGCUACCAACGCCUAUUUUUACCACUUGUGUCACAGAAACUGAAACAGCGGAGUCCGGACUUGUCAAUUAUUGCGGAUGCGCUCGAGGCAGUUGCAGCUGCGUCACCUUCCUCGCCAUUACCGGGGUCGGAAGGAGAGGGAGGGGAUACGGUGGACGCAUGGGAGCCACCAUCGUGGUGUACUCUUUAUGACCCGCUGAAGUCCACAGAUGUUGAGUCUAUUCUUCAGCUUUGUGCGAAGUCGUUGAGUCGGGCCGAUGGCGGGGAAGAAAUUGUGUGGAGACGAGAAGGCAACACCUUACCAGCACUGCGCAUUCUGUGUGCUAUUUUUGAAUCAUCGCACUUGAUCAGGUUCGAUGGGGACGAUGUGGGCAAAAGAGAGGGGGAAGGAGGAGAGGACUUGGGGGAUUCAUCAUUAUUUAAUUUGGUUAGAGAGGUUCUGAAUUCGUUCCCGCUGGCAUCCCUGCUUCCACUUCUCGAAGACAACGAUAGUGCUGAUGUUGGUGCCUCUGGGAACUCGUUGUAUCGCCUUGCUUUGUCAUUUAUUCGUUGCCUUGUGAAUCUGUGUCUUUCGUCACCAGGGGCAUUAAACGAUGGUCAGCCAGAUGGCGCAGCGGUUAUACGCCAAGAAGUUGUGAGGCAGAGUGUAAUCCUCAUGGCUGGCUUAUUUACUCCGGAUUUACCGUCGUCAAGCGGAGCACAGAAGCCGGCUUCGGCAUCUGAAGCUGCACGCCCCAAUUCCGUUUUUUCUGGCCGCACCAUCGGUACCGUCACAGAGUUGCUAAGGAUCGUUUCGCCGCUUUUUACCCCCGCUGUUACACCAAUGCAUUCCAAUGAUUUUUCUGUUGGUGGAAGGGUUGCGCUGCAUAUACCGGUCGUCGCCCUUCUCAUCCGUCUGGAGUCGGUAAACUUCGAGUCUGGAAAACACAACUACACCAGUGCCAUGGAGGUAUGCCGCCAUCUCUUAGUUAGUUUUGAUGUGCAAACACAGCUGCUUUGUCUCACGGGUAUGAUGGAGCUGCUUGUUGAUCCGCACAAACAACUUUCCCUAUCGUCGCCAAAGGUUGGUGGUAAUCGGAGAGGAAAGGUCGAAGGUAUGGACACAGGUGACGUCGGGUGUUCUGAAAAUGAUGAUGAUUACACUAUGAAGCGGCUGUUUCGGAAGCUAUUGAAACCCAAUCAAGUGGUAAAUCGACAGGAGGAGAUUAUGUACCUCAUCAACGACACGAUUAAAUCAGAGGAGUUCCUCGCCGGGUUUGUGGCGCUCCAGCACAGCACCGCGGUGCUUUGUUUGGACACAGCACAUGCUGAUGGUGGUGUACAAAGGGACGAUACCAGUGGGACCAAAUAUGGGGAGAGCUCCUUGUUUGAGGGAAUCGACAAAAGCAACGAGUGCAUGGCACUCCUUGUUGCCUCUCUCAAACUGUUUGCAUACUACACGGAGCUCAACACAGCCACAGAAAACGAUGCCGGCACCGCUGCUGCCAGUCAACAUUCCGAUGGUGGGUUUGUGGGCGCCCCGGCGUACGGGGAAAAAAAGGCGUUUGUGAUGCUGUUGGAACUCCUCGCUGGCAACACGCUGGCUUGUGUACUUGCCGGUAUUAAUGAACCUACAUUUGUUUUGUGCAUGAAGAACCUUCUUACAGACCACCGUGCGGCGGUGCAGUUGAAGGGACUGGAAAUGCUGCUGGACCGCUUGCACAACGCUUUGCCAACUGUUGAGCAGAUCCUCACGAAGGAGGAGGUGGAACGGGGGCGCCAGAAGCUACGCGAUCCCAAGAGCAGAUUAACCCUUACAGACGUUGUUCGCCUUAAGGCAAGACCAUUUGCGACGAAGCGGUCCUUCACCCUCUUCUCUCAUAUUUUCGCGUUGAUGAUGUCGGCGGCGGGGGUGCAGGUUGGAAAAGCCGAGAGGGUAGACAAUUUGAGGUUACUGACACUCAGCGUUGCAUGUAUGGAGGAACUUGUUCGUAUUAUAGCUAGUGGUGGUAGUCAACACGCAGAGGCGGCUCUACUAAACGUAAACCGUACUGCUCGGGUAACGGAAGACAGACUUAACAAACUGUUUGGCAACCAUUCCCGCGUGGAGGAAGUUCAUCGUUGGGUGGACAGCAUGGUUUCUGUACUACCCCGUGUUAUUCGGUCGUGUCGUAAUCAGGAUGAAGAGCAUACGCACGGCUCCAAGGAGGAUUGUCUGUUUGCCGCAGCUGCUCUUUUGACGGCGCUCGGCACAGUGAGCCAGGUGAUGGGUACUGCUUUCACCGUGCCGCAUAGUAACGUCACACUGCAAGUCGUAGUGGAUGCUGCCGUUUUUGCAGCAGCGGGUGUCCCACCUACCGUUUCACGGGGUGAAGUGGGGUCCGUGCUUCGUCAGUCAUCUCUCAAUUGCUUACUUCGUACCUUUCCGUCGUCCUGGCUCAUGUGUCAGCCAUACCUUUCCCGCAUCAUUUACGUCGCGACACACUUGCAAAACGUCGAUGACACGGAGACUAACUAUCUUAGUGUGGAGGUGAUGUCUAUGUUGGAGGUUGCCCUUGAGCCGCAGUUGUUUAUUGAGGCAUCCGCCGAGUGCGUGCGGGGGAUUGUCGAACAGGAGGUGGCCGCAGAUGAAUCGGGGAAGCGAUCAAAAAGGGUUCUGCGCGUGCGGGUUGACACCCACUCUCUAGCACUGCUUUACUCCAGUAUACAACGGCGGGUGACGAGCCUUGGCCGCGAGGAGUUAAAACAUUUGAGUCUCUUCGUGGGAGGAACCACAGCUCGUGACAACUUUUGGCUCUCAUCGAUGCAGACGCUAGCCAGUGCACCGACGCUUCCAUCACCAGAUGCCGUUCAGCCAGUUCUCGAGGCAUACACGAUGUUCUUUUUAAAGUUUAAGGCCAAACACUGUACAUCUUUCAUAUCCACAAUGGCUGAGUGGGCCUUUGGUGGAGCUGCGGAGGGCUUCGUCAAAUCGACUGAGAAACAGCAGGCAAAGGAGUCGGCAGGCAAAGAAUCUGAGGACGUGCGGGAGAGGGACGACGUAGCGUCCGUUCCCCGUGUGAUUGUGCAUCGUUGGCUUCUCUUCUAUGCAUUGUGCAACCAUUUGCUGGAGAGGUUGGGAUCCAUCAUGGAUUUUGCGUUUCCUGUUCUUCUGCCGUACAUCGUCGGUACCCUUGCGAGCUACUGCUCAUCUACAACACAUGCUGCGCGCCAUGCGGCAGAUCUCAUAGCGCGUACGCUUGAAGGUGCGCUCAACAGCAUCAGGAUCAUAGCUUCCGCCCAAACAGCACCACCGCACCAUGAUCAUAGCAUUCCGGUGGACAAUUACCUUGCAACACACGAGGUGUUCAGCGCCGUAAUGCCUGCAGUCGUUCGGCAACUCACAAAUCUCGUGUACCUUGCCGACAGCACACAUGACUACGCCUUUCGCGCGGAGCAAUGUGUCAUCCCUGCUGUCCGUGCGCUGUUCCUCUCAUUGACAUCUUCCAAGCAGCAGAGCGACACUCAGCGUGAAGUGCUGCGUUCGCUUCGUCACCCGAGUCGUCAUGUACGGCGUGUGGCGCUGUUGUGUCUUGAUCGCAUUUACGAGGACGGUGGAGGUGAAUUGGCUGCGCGGCUCAUGGCUGAAAUGCUUCCUUCCGUUGCGGAGCUUACAGAGGACCGCGACGACGUCGUUGUGGAGCAGGCGCGGAGGUUGUGUGGACAUCUUUCAUCCAUUACGGGCCAAGAUGUCCUGUAUGCGAUGGGUUCCUGA